ACUGUCUUUUUGUCCCCAUUCCGUCCGGAUCGAGCGGCGGCGGCGGCGCUGCCCCGUCCUUAGGUUUCCGUCGGCCGGACCAAUGGGGCGGCCGGCUCGUGUCCCUGACUGAGCUCCAGGUGUGGUGUCCUGCCUCCGAGCUCGUGGUGCCCCGCCGGCCGCUGGUCAUGUCUCCAGGGCUCCAGGCCGUGGCGGCGACCAUCUCGUCCCCGCCCUUCUCCAUUCGGUGGCGGCAUCAUCAACGGUUAUUGGUAUUAGUGGCGUGGAGGUGCAGGUGCUGACGAUGAAUCCAGGACGUCAUUUCUCGUUGCGUGCAUGCUUCGGGCUAGGCAAUGGAAGCGGUGGUGGCCCUGUGAUUUACAAUGAGCAAGAUAUACUUGAUAACCUUGGUGAUGCUGAAGUCAUCAGCAGCAUCAAUAUUGGUGGCAUCUGGACGUCUGUAUUGUACCGAGUUGAGCUGCAGGACACAUCCAGAGUGGUGGUCGUGAAGAAGCUGCAGAACGAGAGGGGAAGCACAGUGGAUGCUAGUCUUAACGACCGCUGCCAGUCGGAGGUGAACUUGCUGGAAAGCAUUGGCCACGACAACAUCAUCAGUCUUGCAGGUUGCAUUCCGGGGGACGACUCCAUCCUGCUCGUCUAUGACCACAAGGAGAAUGGCAGCCUCAACCAGUGGCUGCACCCUGAUCCCCCCCAGUUGGCGGCACAGGGUGUGCUAGGCUGGCCGACAAGGCGGGCCAUCGCCAUUGGCGCCGCCCAAGGGCUCUGCUGCUUGCACCAUGGACGUAACCACCCCAUCGUACACCACAACAUCAACUCUACCAACAUCUUGCUUGACACUGGCCUCAAGCCCAAGAUCACAGGUUUCGAUCUUGCGCGGAUCAACCUCGCGGGACCUGACCAACCGGUGCCAAUCUGGGAGCUCACUGCUGCCAACAUGGUGGGCUAUACGGCCCCUGAAUAUCUGACCGUCGGAGCCACCGCCAAGGUCGACGUGUACAGCUUUGGUGUGGUGCUGCUGGGGCUUGUCACUGGGCGGGUGGCCUACGAACCCAUUGAGGAUGGCCACCUGGCAGCCUGGGCAGGGACGCAUUGCAACCGUCUGAUGGAAAACACUGGAGAUUUCAGCGGCGUCGUCGAUAUGGCCAUCCCACAUCGUGCGCGAUACCUCAAGGAGAUGGCCGCCAUGUUCAAGCUGGGCGUGGAUUGCACCGUCAGGGAACCGCAGGAGAGGCCAUCCAUGCACGAGGUUCUCUACCGCCUCCGCAACCGUGGCCGUUGAUCCAGUCUCGCCUGCUAUGUAUCAUCAGUGGUGCAUGAGAACGAACAACACCAAACACAGGAACUUGUUUUGUGGAAGCCUCACGUAUGUUUCAAAUAAAAAUUUGCCGUGGUCUUGAAGAUAAGUCAUCUUGUUUC